AACAAGGUCAUAAGGACAUCAACCCGCCGCGUCUUCCAAAAGUUUGCGUCACAAUCUACUUUAAUUGUGGUUUUGUGAUUGAUGACUUGACAGCUUCUACCGCCUUAUCAGGAUGAUACAUAUUUGCGUUUAUAACUGAAGAUCCUAGUACAAAAAUUGCUUUAUCCAUUCAAGUCCGAACGUGUUACGUAAUUUAGGCUUAACAGUUGCACCUCUGAAUUAUUCACCCUGUCCUUAUUGACAAGUUAGCACUUAUUCUGUGUGCUUCGAUUCGAAUUGAAAUGCUGCCAUAUUUUGAUUACCAGUUCCGUGUCAUCAUAAUUGGUGAUAGUAUGGUUGGAAAAUCCUCCCUGAUGAAAAGUUUCGUUGAAGGAAAUUUCUCAUCAGUAUCUGACCCAACCAUUGGGGUAGAUUUUUUCUCUCGAACUGUACGAAUUCAAGAGGAAGUGUUCGUUAAGCUGCAACUAUGGGACACUGCUGGUCAGGAGAAAUUUAGGUCUAUAACCGCGUCCUACUAUCGAAACUGUGUUGGAGUCCUUAUUGUAUUUGAUCUAACUGACAGAGAAACAUUUGACCAUGUUACUGAUUGGUAUGAAGAAGCUCGUGGUUCCAUCAAGUGCUCUGCUCCUGUAUUUAUAAUAGUGGGUCACAAAGCUGAUCGUCGUGACGAGCGACAAGUCAGUAAAAUGGAAGCUCAAUCUCUUGCCCAACGACUUGGUGACUACACCUACAUAGAAACAUCUUCACUUACUGGACAAAAUAUUGAAAGAGCAUUUGAACUUCUUGCUGAAGGAAUAUAUGCUAAUGUAAUAAAAGGAAGUUAUAAUGAGUUAUGCGCAGCGGGUAUUUGGGACGGUGUUAAACAAGGUCAUAAUGCUGCAUUGGCUGCCUCAUUAGCAAAUAAAUCAAUACAUUUUGGACAAGAUGACUCCAAACCACACAAUGAUUGUUGUUAAUACGAGACAAGAAGAGAAGAGAAGAAACAAACAUUUUUCACUUUCUGAUAUUUCCUUUUCCCCCUCCACCCUGUUCUUUGUAAACAAGUCCCUCUCCCCCUCUUUCGCCUCCCUACCUACCUACCAUCCAAACAUCCUUUCUUUCUGUCCUACCUGCCAUCUUCUACCAGAAACAAUCAUUUCCUGUUUUUUUUUUAAUUCAGAGAUUAUUCAGCAGAUAUCAUUAUUAUUAUUAAUAAUAAUAAUGAUAAAUUGAUCUGAUCCAAGUAUUCUAAGCCGAUCAAGACAGACAAUUAAUUGAUCUCAGUUGUUUUUUUCAUUUCUACUAUUCAUUUAUUCAUAUUGUGGAGUUAAAUGAUCAAUGAACAAAAACUCAACAAUUGUUUUAAUGCAUCAAUCAUCAUUCGCCAUUUUCGCGCGCCCGCCCGCCAGUUUGUGUGUUUAAUGUUUGCGUGGUAAUUUUAAACAUCUCCAAGAUCUAUAGAGUGAUGGAUUUUAGAGACACUUGUUUAAAUUUAUAAGUUAUUUACAAUAAUUUCCUUACCUACUUAAUUGAUUACUUAUCGUCUUUAUUCGUACUAAUAUCAUUCAUUUUGACCGCAAAUUCUAAGGGUUUUUUUGAAACUUUUUAUUUUAUUGUGUCUACUUUUAUUUGUAAGUAAAGCAUUUUAUUCGAAAUAAAAUCAAGAGAGAAACUUU